CGGCCCCAACACCAACGGCUCCCAGUUCUUCAUCUGCACGGCCAAGACCGAGUGGUUGGAUGGCAAGCACGUGGUGUUCGGCCGCGUGAAGGAGGGGAUGAACGUGGUGGAGGCCAUGGAGCGCUGCGGCUCCAAGGACGGCAAGACCAGCAAGCAGAUCACCAUCUCCGACUGCGGGCAGCUCUCCUAAAAACCCCUUCAGUGUCUUCACCAGCGACCAUUCCGCCUGCCGGCCCCGGGGGCAGCACGCCUGGCGCAGCCCCCCCUGACCCCCCCCACCUCCUCCGAACCCCCCCCCGGUGCCCCCCCAGCCUUCCCGCUGCGUUUCGACUCGCCCGGGGUCUCGCCGCAUGUGCCCAGCCCCGUGGGGCUGCGCAGUUCCGUUGUUUGAGUCUCAAUAAAACGAGUUAAAUCACCCC